AAGACACAAGUGAAGUAUGUGUUGAAAGCCUCUGUGUUUUCUUGGUCUGAUUGAAUGGGACUCCCAUCAUUCAUGUUACUGAUGAGAUCAUUCUCAUGAUCAUUGUUGAGCUGUCGUGUAAGACUCUGAAGUUCAUUAUUAGCUUCUCUAUACCUGUCAUAAUAAUAUCUUGAUCUUGACUUCUGAUACUUAUCUCAGAAAUGACUUUUCCUCUUUUGGAGGAUCAAUCCAUGUUUGGUCAUGUAAAUAUUCUUUUUUUCCUUUUACUUUAAUGGGUUUAGGGAUAUACUGUUUUAUGAAAGAAUGUACAUGUAGUUUGUCUAAAAUCACUGUUCAUGUCUCGGUGCAGCAUUUGAGAAGUCAUUUAUUGUAAUAUUCUGUCAUAACAGUGCAAAUUUUGGUUUAAUGAAUGAAAUUUGGUGAUGUGUUAGACAAAAAUUCAUGGCAUUGAUGCAGUUUCAUCUAAGUGGAAACUUAUUUGAAGUCACUAUAGAUUGUUUAUUGUAGACUCUAUGUGUUGGUUUCUUGUUAUUAGGUUUAUGCUGUAGGGAAGAAAUUUCCAUUGCCCAGUGAAGUCCUACACGAAUACAAUCAUCCAUCUUUGGUUCCUGUGGAGGUGGUAAAGACAUCACCACUUAAGCGAAGACUAAGUGUCAAGGGGACAGUUGAAAGUGUCAGUGAAAUCAGAGGAAAUGACGAUAAACGGAUGCGGGAGAUUGAGAUCUCCGACACGAGUGGCCAUGUGAGUGUCUGUUUGUGGGGAGAGAAGUCAGGAUUGAAAAUACUCAGCGGUGAGGAGGUGACAAUCGGUCCUGUUACUGUAGGCUUAGAGAGGUCCUCGAAAAAGAAGAGAUUAAAUUCUGUAAAGUCAACAUGUAUUGAGCGGAACAGGUAUUGGACUUGUGUGGUGGAAGCAGCAUCCGAGUUAAAUGUAUAUCCCAUGGAGCUGUUAAUUGAAGGUGGGGAAUGUCUUGUGCUGGAGAAAGACUAUGGUGUUCGGUUCAGUGAUUUUCCAGUGGCUAUAGUGAUUGAACGAGAUGGGGACAAGAUCGUGUCAGUGGAACUUGUGAAUGAGGUUGAAAUGGCUGGUCAAGAGGCUGAUGUGGCUGCAGGGACUGCUGGAGUUGCUAAUGCAGAGGCUCAUGGAGAGACUGCUGGGGUGGCUGCUCCUGCUGAUGGAGAGGUUGAUGCAGUUGAUGAAUAG